GUGAUGAGUCGUUUAAACACGUCCUGCUCCUCCCUCAAACCAUAAAAAGCUAAUAUUAUCUUCAAUUCUUUCUCCCAAAAUAUAUUAUUUGCAACUCUGCAAGUCCCACAAAUUCGUCGAUUUCAUUUCAACAAAACCCCUCUCACUAAUAAUAUUACAUAAUACUGCCCUCAUCAUGUCGAUCAAACUGUAUAAUCAAAGCUUCGUUUCUUCCAGCUCUUUAAAUCCAUGGAUUUCACAAAAACCAACAAGAACUGAUAGUUUCAAGAAAAGAGUGGCUGGUUUGGAUCGUGAAGUUCUUCGAUGUAGCUAUUCAAGGAAAAAAUGCCGUAUAAAGGUCUCUUUAAUAGCUGAUGAUAUACUCAGUCAUAAGUGUAAACUGGUGACCUUUGAGAUACACUCUCUAUUUUUUCGUAAACUGGCAAGGAUGAAACAUAUGCAGCCCUUUGCUUCAGCUGAUGAUGGUGUAACAGUUAAUGGGAAUUCCCAGCCAAGCACUAGUGGUAAUGUUGAAAAUUUGGCAAUGAGGCUCAAACAGUCAUCACAAGGUGAAGAUUAUAAUGCUGGACUUGUCCAAACGCUACAUGAUGCUGCAAGGGUAUUUGAGCUGGCAAUCAAAGAAAAGAGUUCUAGAUCAAAAACAUCCUGGUUUUCAACUGCCUGGCUUGGCGUAGAUAGGAAUUCGUGGGUGAAGGCACUUUCUUAUCAGGCAUCCGUGUAUUCCUUACUGCAAUCAGGAUGUGAGAUUUCUUCCCGAGGAGAUGGAAGAGACAGAGAUAUCAAUGUAUUUGUCCAGAGAAGCUUAUUGCGGCAAUCUGCACCUUUGGAGAGUGAGAUUAGAGAGAAAAUGUUAGCUAAGCAGCCUGAUGCUUAUGACUGGUUUUGGUCUGAACAAGUUCCAGCAGUAGUGACCAGUUUUGUAAAUUAUUUUGAAAAGGAUCAAAGCUUUACUGCUGCUACUACCGUGUGGGGCAAAGGAAUUUCUGUGGAUGCAGGGAAUGCAAUUGACAAAUCUCUGCUCAUACUUGCUUUAAGUUGCAUUGCGGCAAUCACAAAGCUUGGGCCAGCUAAAGUUUCUUGCGCACAGUUUUUCUCUAUUAUUCCCGAUACAACUGGAAGGCUAAUGGACAUGCUUGUGGAAUUUAUUCCCAUAGGCAAAGCUUAUCACACUGUAGAAGACAUCGGUUUACGGAGAGAAUUUUUGGUACAUUUUGGUCACCGGGCUGCUUCAUCUAGAGUGAAAAAUGACGGUGGAACCGAAGAGGUCACAUUUUGGGUGAGUCUUCUUCAGAAUCAGCUACUGCGAGCUAUUGAUAGAGAGAGAAUAUGGUCAAAACUUACAACAUCUGAAACUAUUGAGGUGCUAGAUAGAGAUUUAGCUGUAUUUGGGUUCUUCAUUGCCUUGGGAAGAAGCACACAGUCGUUCCUUUAUGCAAGUGGCUUUGAGGUGGUAGAUAAACCUAUUGAAGGAUUUAUUAGACACCUUAUAGGUGGCAGUGUGUUAUAUUAUCCCCAGCUCUCGUCGAUAAGUUCUUAUCAGUUGUAUGUGGAGGUUGUGUGUGAAGAGCUAGAUUGGAUUCCAUUUUAUCCUAUUAGUCAUGACGCCUCCAAAGGUUCCCAUGGCCACAAAAGUAAACGAGAAGGGCCUCCAAAUGCUGAAGCUAUUCCCCUAGUGUUAGAAGUUUGUUUGCAUUGGAUUCAAAGCUUUAUUAAAUACAGUACGUGGCUGGAGAAUCCCUCUAAUGUUAAAGCGGCGGCAUUUCUUUCUAAAGGGCACAAUAUGUUAAAGGGAUGCAUGGAAGAACUAGGGAUACAAAAGGAGCAAAUGAUAGAAAAAGCUGUCAAGAAAUCUGUUCUGCGUAAUAGAUCUGGGAGAGAUUUAGAUUCUUUUGAUAAGGCAUUAGAGAGUGUUGAAGAUGCUAUGAUACGGUUAGAAGAAUUGCUCCAGGAGUUGCAUGUUUCAAGCGACAGUUCUAGAAAAGAGCAUUUGAAAGCUGCUUGUUCUGACCUAGAAAGGAUGAGAAAACUUAAGAAAGAGGCCGAGUUUCUUGAGGCAUCAUUUAGAGCUAAGGCAGCUUCCCUUCAACAGGCGGAUGAUCUUUAUUAUCAGGAUAAUUUCAGUAUGGCUGUCUCAGAGCCAAAGUCAAAUGAGAUUCAGCGUUUUGAGCUUUUAAGAAAUGAGCUUAUGGAACUUGAGCAAAGAGUUCAAAAAAGUGCUGAUCAAUCUCUAAGUGAAGAGGAGGAAGAUAUACUGACAGAUGACACUGCUGGUUACACUGGAGGCACUGGAUUGAUUAAGGCCCAGAAAGAAAAUAUCAUUGAGAAGUCACUGGAUAAAUUAAAAGAAACAAGUACAGAUGUGUUGCAAGGGACUCAGCUUCUAGCUAUUGAUGUUGCUGCUGCUUCAGAAUUACUUAGAAGAGUCGUCAUAGGGGAUGAAUUGACAGAGAAAGAAAAGCAAGCACUGCGAAGAACUUUGACCGAUCUAGCAUCAGUAGUUCCAAUAGGUUUUCUGAUGCUACUUCCUGUUACUGCAGUUGGGCAUGCCGCAAUUUUAGCUGCAAUACAAAGAUAUGUGCCAGGAUUGAUUCCGUCCACAUAUGGAGCAGAGAGGUUGGAUCUUUUGAGGCAGCUUGAGAAGGUGAAGGAAAUGGAAACCACUGAAGUGAAACCCACUGAGAAUGCAAAUGAAUAGUUAAGGCAAAAUAUACACUUACACUGCUCGUAAAUGAAGUUCCUCAAGGAAGGAUACCUUGUUCAUUUAUUCAUGUUUCUGAAGCCUUUUGUCAAAAGGUGAGCAUAGAGAAGUUCAUUCCAAGUAUCUGGCACUCCAGGUAAGCACCAAUGGCUGCAGUCUUGUGGUGCUUCAACAGGAGUCCCAGGCUCGUGGUGGUUUGAAGGGUGACCGUCUUUCCUAAACUCUGACAUAAAUGUGAUGUUCAAAAAGUAUGCCUUUCUCUUGGCACUUCCUAUCUCUCUGAUUAUUUUGGAAAUAAAAAAAUUAUUCGGUGGCUCAGGAUCCAGUCUUGUGUAGUUUGUUUCCGGUGACGUAUUAAUAUCACAGUGACCGCCAUCUUUCCAUGUUCCUUCCCUGCAUCCCAA